CACUAAUCCAACAGGUGUUCCCACUCCCUCUGCCUUUUGUAUACACAUAUUCAAAUCACCUAAGGCAAGCCAGGGUAGGGGCUGAUAAACUCACUGCUGAUUUCCCUAGCAAAUAAGCCCCACGGCUGCUGGACCAAACUCUGGCUUUACAUGCACACCGAAGAGAAAGGGGUGCUUGCAUGAGACAGGAUGCUUUCAUGGAGCCCUUUAGCGCCACAUUUUGACUUGCAAUGCAAAAUCUGUGUUCUGCUUUUAGGUAUUUGUUCUGCCUUGAAGCUGACAGUCCCAUCCCAUGCCAUCCGUGGUAUUAAAGGGCAGUCCCUCACUCUCCCAGUUGACUACAAUUUCAACAUUGCAGUUUCCAAUAUCCAGAUAAUAUGGCUGUUUGAGAAGCCACCAACAACCCCCAGAUUUCUGAUUGGCUGCUUGGUAAACCAGUCAGUAGUUCCAGACUUGGAAUAUAGGCACAAAAUUGCACUUAAGCCUCCAAAUGCAUCCUUGCAGAUAAGAUCUCUGAACUUCAGCGAUGAAGGCAAUUAUAUUAUCAAAAUCAAUAUCGAUGGAAACCGAACCAUACCUGCAAGUGCAAAGGUUCAAGUUACCGUGGAUGUUCCUGUCACAAAGCCAGUCAUAUACAUUGAACCCUUUGCUGGAGUCGUGGAGAACAGUGGGAACAUUACUUUGAACUGCACUGUGGAGGAAGGCACACGGGUCGCUUACCAGUGGUUGAAAAAUGGAGAUCCCAUUGAAGCUGGCACUAUCUAUUCCUUGUCCGCAAACAACAGCACGCUUCAGAUUGUCCCUGUCGUCAAAGAAGCCAUUGGGAAUUACAGCUGUUUAGCAGAAAACCCAGUCAGCGCAAUGGAGAGUGACGUGAUCAUGCCAACUAUAUAUUAUGGGCCCUAUGGACUUACCAUAAAUUCUGACAAUGGCCAGAAGUUAGGGGAUUAUUUUACGUUUAACAAAGGGGAAGCAGUCCAGCUUUACUGCUCAGCAGAUUCCAAUCCACCAAAUAUUUUUUAUUCAUGGACCCAGAGGGCCGACAACUCCACGCGCCUCAUUAAGUACGGAAGGUCCCUGGAAGUUGUAUCUGAGAAGGUGACGCAGAAAACAGAAGAAUACAGGUGCAGAGCUCUCAACAACAAGACUGGGAAGUGGAAAGAAACCCACAUAUUUGUGAUUAUGAUGCCAAAAGGACUGGAGCAGCUGGCUCAAAGAGAAAAAUAUUUGUCUCCACUAGGAAUAAUAUGUGGAAUUUCCUUAUUUUUGAUAGUAUCAAUGUUCCUUCUAACGUUAUGGAAAAGAUUCCAGCCUCAUAAAGUUCUACAGCAGAAGCUGCAGACCAGGCCUGAAGCAGAUUACAGAAAAGCACAAACUAUUUCAGGGCAUGAAAAUGCGCUAGAUGAUUUUGGAAUAUAUGAAUUUGUUGCCUUUCCUGACGCUGCAGGGAUUUCAAGGGUGUCAAGCUGGUCAGUUUCUGUCUCUGAUGCUGCACAAGGCCAGGAUUUUAAUGGAACAGUUUAUGAAGUUAUUCGGCAUAUUCCUGAACAAUAUCAAGAACGUCAAGAGUAA